AUGUGGAAGUUAUCAAACAGGAUUGUGUGUCUUUGCGCAAAAUCACCUAUAUCAGAGCAAAGGAUGAUGGAUGCUCUGACUACUUUCCUCAACAACUUUUUUACUACCAGAGCAGCUAAGUUUGACUCUCCUUUGUUGGUGGAUGUUAAUAAGCCUCUGUAUUCUGGAUCUAUUUGGGCACACGCUCAUAAGCAGAAGCGUUGUACUCGCCUGCCUGAUUACAAGGUGGAUGCAAUGCUUGAUUUCUAUGACUCAGUGUCGGAUAACUAUAUCCAGGAUGGUUUUACUAUCUCUGAGACUGAAGAGGAUGCUCCGGUGCCAUGGUACCCUUGGUCCCCGCAUAAUCCUGAUGAUCAUAAUUCUGAUGAUGCUGAUGAGGAGGAGGAUGAUAAUCAAUCUAAUGAAGAUGAUCAGGAUGAAAUUAACCCUGAUCGCAAUGGUGAUGAUGAUGAUUCCUCAUCUGGGGGAUAUGAUCAUUACAUGGAUGAAGUCAAUGCUGAUAACUUUAUUGCUGAUGAUAGGCCACCAAUUCCGACGGAUGGUAGAUCAAGCCUUUAUGCAGGGGUGGAGGUUGAUUAUUCUAGAAGCGCGACUUCUGCGGCAGGGGAAGAGACAGAUUCCUCAUUUUCUGCUGACCAAAGUGACAAUUUUCACUCUUUAUCCUCUUAUUCCUCUGGAUUUUAUCAAAAUUCUGUCCAUUCCUUCCCUGAUGAUGCUAGUGAAUUCUAUAUGCCAAAUUUGUUUUAUGAGAUUCCGAAUGUUCCUCCUUCUGAUGCUAUGAUGGAAAAAAUCCUUCUUAUGUCCCGGAUUUCUUCAUUCCUAAUGUGUCUGAUUAUCCACCACAUCAAGACAUUUCUCCGGUAUCUGGUUUUGCUGGUUCUCAACUUAGUGAUGCUUCUAGUGAUGCUAUAA